GUGUAUAAAUACACAUAAACACACUGAUUUCGGAUUCUAAACUGGGGCGCCCAUUGUUGUCUCUUCCUUUACUACUUCCGUAAAAUCCAACAUUUUUUUGAUUUACAUUGAUCGGAUGAAACUUAACUCAGAAGGAGUGGGCAGUGUUGGUAGUGGUUGCCGGAUUUUGCCGUUGCCGCCGCCGGAGACAGUAGUUAUGACCAAUCACGGAGGACGAAUAGAAGCUGAAAGGAUCUACGAAACCGCCGGAGCGACAAAGUUCAUGAGGAUCAUAGAAGAAGAGUGUAAUUCGUCUAGUAGUUCGUCGAUCGGCAAAAAUAGCGACGACGACGACGACGGCGGCGAUCAGGAAGGUGAUGCUCAAAGUCCUUAUAGAUAUGAUCAUCAGAAUAAGAACGAAAUCAGCAAUGGUUCUCUCGAUGAUGCAAUUCAAGCUCUUGAGGAAGCGCUUCCGAUCAGAAGAGGAAUAUCAACGUUCUACAACGGGAAAUCAAAAUCAUUCACAUCUUUAACCGAAAUGUGGCCCUCAUCUAAACCAUCAAUACAUGAAAUUGCAAAACCAGAUAACGCGUACACAAGAAAACGAAGAAAUCUUGUAGCUUCCACUAUUUUAUCGCAUAAAAACAAGAACCACACUGCGUUCCAACUAUCGGGUAUCAAUAUGGGACGAAUAUCAAAGAAAGCCAAAUCCUCCACAUUGCGGUUUACUUCAGAAAACAAAGAUCUUGAGUUAAAUAAGAAGAACAUGUCUUCGAUUAGAUCGUUUUCGAUGGUGAAUUUGCAUCGAUGUGGUUCUAGAUUUAUUGAAAAUUGUUAGUUUGGAAGUUGGGAGGAUGGAUUUAUGAGUAAAUAGGUUAUAAUAACUAACAUGUGCAGUGUCCUUUGGUAUUUUAUGGGCGUAAGGAAAAAAUGUUUGGGUCAUUUAUUAAUGAGAAAUGCACUUUUUUUUA